CUGGUAUGCAAGAUGAUGGAUGAUGCAAAGCAUUGUUCUCAGUAUAUUCAUUGUGCUCGUUCUUAUAAUAGCUGUAGGAUUCCUGUUUCUGCUCUCUCGCGCAUUAUAGCAGAAAAUAAGAGGCUGGAAUCGAAGGAGUGGGAAGCGGAGGCAGAGUUGGAGAGGGCUCAUCCUCGUACGAAGAUCUUGGAAUCCGCUGCUCAUCUUGCCUGCCUGCGCACUCAGCGUAGAUCUCUUGCCUCCCGGGGCGCUCAGAUGGUAAAUGCAAGCUUUGAAUCCCUUAAUAAGCUGGAUAAGUAA